GGUUGCUGUGGCUCUGAUGAGAAGACCUACGUGGUGGGAGGCUGGUCCUGGGCCUGGUGGCUCAUCUCAGACAUCCAGAGGUAAGAAAGGUGUUUAACCCAUUCAGAGGGUUUAAGUACAGUUUGGGGAAUUAUACAAUCACUGCCCUAACAUCCAGCCAUACAUCCAGAAUUUACCUCCAAAACAAACCAUUUAGGCCUACUGUUGGAUAGCAGACAGAUUAGUCCGUUUUCAUUCCUAUUUUGAUUUUUAAACAUCAGAAUCAGUAUUAACACCAUAUUUAAAACUGUGCCCACUCAUCCACACAUUUAAACAUAUUUACAAGCUACAUUAAAUAUUAUAGCUAGUCUCUUCACCAACAUGAAGGAAAAUAAGCAGUUUGUUAUUGUAAUGAGGUUUGCAGUGAGAGUGGAGGCCCAUCCUCAUUAGCAGCUAGUGUCCACUGUGUGUGUAAACACAACAUGUCACAGCUAAGCAAGUCAGCUGCUCUCAAACACAACCUUGCAGUCAGCAACCCCUGUAAACACUACAGCACAUAAUUGUAGUGGAAAGACAAACACACUGAGAGAGGUUAGGGUCAGGUGAAGUUCAAUCUCACUGAAUUAUAUUCUGCUACAGUUGGCCUAUAUUUAAAAUAAAACAAAUCAACAUUUUAGCUUCCACGGCACAUAUGAUAGUUGUGAAAUCAAGUUUAAAACAUUUGUGGUAAUAGUUUUUAGAUCUCUGAACACAACACAUCCCAUUACAAUUUAUUUCAUGCAUUUUCCCUUAACUAUUAAGUAUUGUGUUUGUUUGUUACUUAUAAUUUGUCUCUUUGUUUCUGCCAUGCUAAUCUGCCUUGCCUGGUGUUCAACUCACCAUGUCUCUCUCAGCCCUGCUGUGUCUUGGGGAUGAUGUCCUAACCAUAGCGAUCCUAUUGUCACGUUCGUUCAUAGACGGGACGGACCAAGGCGCAGCGUGAUAUGCAUACAUGUUUAUUUAAACUUAAUAAACACUCGACAAAACAAUAAACGAAACUAAACGUGAAGUCCAAGGUAGACACAAACAACAUACCUAUACGGAACAAGAUCCCACAACUCAAUAGGGCCAAUAGGCUGCCUAAGUAUGGUCCCCAAUCAGAGACAACGAGCGACAGCUGCCUCUGAUUGGGAACCACACCGGCCAACAUAGAAAUACCCAUACUAGAAUAUACACACCCUGACUCAACAUAUAAGCGUCCCCUGAGUCAGGGCGUGACAGUACCCCCCCCAAAGGUGCGGACUCCGACCGCACAACAUAAACAUAACAGGGUAGGGGCCGGGUGGGCAUUCCGCCUCGGAGGCGGAUCCGGCUCAGGGCGUGACGACCUCUCACUCUUCGCCUCCCUGUUGCGCCCCUGGUCUGGUCUAGACCUCGACGCGUUGCUUCCCCUCUCCUUCCUCCCACGAUACGCCAGGCCCAGUCUGGACCCUGGUGUGGGAGACCCCGAACCUGGAGAGGGGCUGACGUCAUGGUCUGGACUGGAGCCGCUGACCGGAGCUGGACUAGGCACCGGUGGAGCGGACUGCUCUGGCUCCGGAGUGGAGCCGUUGACCGGAGCUGGACUAGACCCCGGUGGAGCGGACUGCUCUGGCUCCGGAGUGGCGCAGCUUACCGGAGCUGGAUCAGGCACCGGUGGAGCGGACUGCUCUGGCUCCGGAGUGGAGCAGUUGACCGGAGCUGGAUCAGGCACCGGCGGAGCGGACUGCUCUGGCUCCGGAGUGGAACGGGCACGGGCCGUGCCGGACUGGACAAACGCACCACUGGUCUGGUGCGAGGAGCAGGCACGGACCGGACUGGCGACGCGCACCACUGGCUUGGUGCGAGGAGCAGGAACAGGCCGGGCCAGGCUGGCGACGCGCACCACUGGCUUGGUGCGAGGAGCAGGAACGGGCCGGACCGGGCUGGCGACGCGCACCACUGGCUUGGUGCGAGGAGCAGGAACGGGCCGGGCUGGGCUGGCGACGCGCACCACUGGCUUGGUGCGAGGAGCAGGAACGGGCCGGGCUGGGCUGGCGACGCGCACCACUGGCUUGGUGCGAGGAGCAGGAACAGGCCGGGCCGGACUGGCGACGCGCACCACUAGGUUGAUGCGAGGAGCAGGAACAGGCCGGGCCGGACUGGCGACGCGUACCACUGGCUUGGUGCAUGGAGCAGGAACAGGCCGGGCCGGGCUGGCGACGCACACCACUGGCUUGGUGCGAGGAGCAGGAACAGGUCGGGCCGUACUGGGAACACGCACCACUGGCUUAGUGCGGGGAGCAGGAACGGGCCGGACCGGACUGGCGACACGCACCUCUUCCUUGGUGCGAGGAGCGGGACUGGGUUCCUUUAUUCAUCCCCGCUCCUUCUGCUGCCUAACCAGCUCCUCUCGCCGUGCCUCUACACCUUCCUUCUCCCUUCUAGCCUCCUGUAGCGCCUCCCUCUGACCGAAUACCUCCUGCUCCCUCUGAACCAAUAGCCCCCGUAAUCUGGUGGCCUCCUCUCCUAACCAGCAGAUCCGCCCUAUCGCGGCCUCCUGCUGCCUCGUCGUCCACACCGUGUGCCCCCCCCCAAAAAUGUUCUUGGGGUUGCCUCUCCACCCUGAUCAGGGCCUCCAUCUUUCUUGCCAGAUCCUCUCUUAUCUCCUGCCAAGUCCAUCCUCUCUGCUCCUCCUCGGCACACUGCUUGGUCCAGGUCUGGUGGGAUCUUCUGUCACGUUCGUUCAUAGACGGGACGGACCAAGGCGCAGCGUGAUAUGCAUACAUGUUUUUUUAAACGUAAUAAACACUCGACAAAACAAUAAACGAAACUAAACGUGAAGUCCAAGGUAGACACAAACAACAUACCUAUACGGAACAAGAUCCCACAACUCAAUAGUGCCAAUAGGCUGCCUAAGUAUUGUCCCCAAUCAGAGACAACGAGCGACAGCUGCCUCUGAUUGGGAACCACACCGGCCAGCAUAGAAAUACCCAUACUAGAAUAUACACACCCUGACUCAACAUAUAAGCAUCCCCUGAGUCAGGGCGUGACACCUAUUCAAUUACUAGAGGGGCUAUGUCAUAAAAAGUGGCAGCCAUAUCAGGGAGAAAUCCAAAACCAGUCUAAUUGGAUAUGAAUGGCAGUAGAGGCAUAAUCCUUAUUUUACUUAUGCAGGAAAAUAAAAGUAAAGCAUGUGAUGUAUCAUAAAUUGUGUAAUGGAAUUAUAGUCAACCUAAAAUAUUGUCAUAUAAUUAUAAAUACAGUUUAUACAUAUUUUAGCCUCUAAAAGAUAUUUAAACAGACCAUAAAUGUCUCAGAUGUUGUGUUCUUGGAAAGCUGUGAGUACUAUGAUAUGAUACAGUAUCAGUAUCGUUGCAUUUGCAACUUGUCUAAGUCCUAUCAUCGACUGAUUUGAGCCAGUGUAUGGCUGUGGAUUGAGGGCAUUGUUUGAAUGGAAUGUUGGCAUAUUGGCAGUUAAUUUGACAAAUUUAUGGAAUCAUUCCUCUAACACUGUCUGGCUAGCUAGCUAACACACAUACAGUGCAGAUAAAUCCUUCACAUUCAUUGUUUUACACAAUAUCUUAUGACAGCACUGGAAAACCAGGGUUGACCAACUCCCUGACCAACAUGGCUGACCUUUGGACCGUCAUAAGAAGGUUCAUGUCCAGGUUCAUGUCCAUUCUAGUAAUCUAAUUCCUCAUUCAAUGGUCCUAAGGAGCUAUAUAGCUCAUGCCAGAGCCAUAUAUAUAUACAGUGAGGGGAAAAAAGUAGUUGAUCCCCUGCUGAUUUUGUACGUUUGCCCACUGACAAAGACAUGAUCAGUCUAUAAUUUUAAUGGUAGGUUUAUUUGAACAGUGAGAGACAGAAUAACAACAAAAAAAUCCAGAAAAACGCAUGUCAAAAAUGAUAUAAAUUGAUUUGCAUUUUAAUGAGGGAAAUAAUUAUUUGAACCCCUCUCAAUCAGAAAGAUUUCUGGGUCCUAGGUGUCUUUUAUACAGGUAACGAGCUGAGAUUAGGAGCACACUCUUAAAGGGAGUGCUCCUAAUCUCAGUUUGUUACCUGUAUAAAAGACACCUGUCCACAGAAGCAAUCAAUCAGAUUCCAAACUCUCCACCAUGGCCAAGACCAAAGAGCUCUCCAAGGAUGUCAGGGACAAGAUUGUAGACCUACACAAGGCUGGAAUGGGCUACAAGACCAUCGCCAAGCAGCUUGGUGAGAAGGUGACAACAGUUGGUGCGAUUAUUCGCAAAUGGAAGAAACACAAAAUAACUGUCAAUCUCCCUCGGCCUGGUUAAAGAAGGAUUUUUAAGCCUUGAGACUAUUGAAACAUGGAUUGUGUAUGUGUGCCAUUCAGAGGGUGAAUUGGCAAGACAAACGAUUUAAGUGCCUUUGAACGGGGUAUGGUAGUAGGUGCCAGGCACACUGGUUUUGAGUGUCAAGAAUGGCAAAGCUGCUGUUUUGUACACUGUGUAUAUGGCUCUGGCUCAUACUAUAAAUACAAGUUAUUUUGUCUAGUAGUUGCUAGGAUACCUGCCAUUAAGGCUCUAAAUAUAGUUAAGUAGAGGCAUGGGAUGGCUCAAGUGUUUGUUGCCCGUGGUGCUCUUUUAAGAAAGAAGAUCUACUAGUCUAGCCUGGUCCCAGAUCUGUUUGUGCUGUUUGGCAUAACAACAACAACCAUAGGAGUUGGCUUUACAGCACAAACAGAUUUGGGAUCAGGCUAAUAUUAGUCAUCUCCAGCCUCUAGUUGGACCUCUCAUAUUUCCAAUAAACCUCAUGAGAUCAAAAUAUUUCAGUAACACUUUCCUAUGAUUUUGGAUGAUUAAAUAAAUAUGAGAAAUUGCGUAUCUGCGUAUAGUUUUUCUCUGGUACAGCGUUUGUUUGAACCAGCCCCGCCUGCAUUAGCUGGUAGCCAUUAGCUGGUAGCUAUUACAGACUGGAGAAUAGGGUGGGCCCUGAAGGGGUUAACUAAAGCUCCCAGCCUCCCAGCCACUUCCCGUUAGUGAUGCAGUAAUCUUGUUAGUGUCUCUGGCCCAAUGAGUCAUUGAUCCACUUCUCCCAUAACACAGAAAGAGAAGGAGCCUGAGAGGCCUGGGGGAGUGAUGCUACAGCCAGCCCAUCCCCUGACUCUUUCUCUGUCUCAGACUUGGAACAUUGAAGCUGAAAGCCAUGUCCUUGUUGAUGGCCAGCUUCUAAAUGCACUUUAGCUCUGUCAGUCAGUGUGUCUAACAUUGAUUUGAUGUACUUGUUAACCGAGCCUCAACAAAGCAGUAGAGAUUGUCAUUAGGGUCUUGCAGUGUGUAGAGGCAUUCUUGAGUAAUCUCUAGUGGCUUUAGUGGCUUAAUCUCAGAUGUGGAUUAAGAAUGCUGCUGUGUGACUGCUGUGCUGACCAAUCCAAUCCUUCCCCGUGACUCCUGCCCUAGUUGUUGCUGUCCGUUGUGUUGUGAAGAGAACUGACUGGCUGUGCUGUGUUUGUGCUUGUAAUGUAAACACCAGCAUAUUAGGUAAUUGAUAGACUGGAGAUAUUUCGGUUCCAUCUGAAGCUCUCUGCCUCAGCCUCUGGUGGUUAGGCUACACAAUGGUUCCUUUUUGCUGUAGAGCAGGAUUCCCCAACUGGCGGCCCAUGGGCCGAUUUUUUCCCGCGGGUGAUUUUAUUUGGUCUGCCCCAAAACAAGAUGCUUUUAUUUUAAAUAUUUAAUGUACUUUUUUUGGGGGGGUGGGGGACAUAAAAUACUAAAAACACCAGGAAAUCAUCUCCAAGUUAUUUUAAUUUUGGAAAUCUGUUCCAAAGUAUUCCCACGCAUAAUAGACAGAUAUAUGUGAUCGUAUACAAAUACAGUAUAAGCAAGGUUUGAAAUGAUUAUGUUUUUGUCAAAUGUUAUAUCUGUUUGGGCUUCUUGCGGUCAAUUUGCAGUCUACAAAUUAUUUGUAAUUAUGUUCCAGGACCCCUGAUCAUCCGCGUCGAAGAAAUCGGCCAGCGGCUGAAUCUAGUUGAGGAUCCCUGCUGUAGAGUCUAGUCUAUGGUAGUCUAUGGCGUAGGCCUCCUAAAGUGUCUUCUAGUUGUAAUCCCUCCCCUCUCACCCCUGACUCUCCGUUACUGACAUCCCUAACAGCUGUUAUAAGUGUACUAUAUUCACUGUCCUGCCUCUCCUAUUCCUACCACCUGCCUGCCCGCCUAGGAUGUCUCUGGAGAUAAUGACCAUCCUCUGUCGCUGUGAGAAUAUCGAAACCUCGGAGGGUGUUCCCCUGGAUGUGACAGGGGUGGCUCAGGUAAUGCUUCAGACAGCCGCGAAAAGAACACAAAGACACGAAAGACAACAGACAGUCAGGCAGGGACUGGUGCACUGGUCUAGAACAAAACAAAACGUCAGAGGCAAACAAACAGGUGGACUAACUGGCAAACUACUGUGUGUGUCUCUGUUUUUCCAUCUUCAUGUCACGUUGUUCUCUCCCUCUGCAGUGGAAGGGAGAGAGAGUCAGCUGUCUGUCAUUAAACUGUUCUAUGGGCUUUGCUACACAGCUAACGUCUGUAUUUGUUAACUCAAUCCUAUGGGCUUUGGCAACAGGGUCCCCAUAAUGAAUGCUCUGAGAAAGGGAUGCAAAGAAGAAGUGUCCCACCAUUGCUAGCUAUUACACUGUUGAUAAACACAAGUUGACAUGACUUGAUAUUUAUUUCAAUGUGGUGAUUCGAUGCACAUCACAUCUACAUUGGGAACCUAAUGAUAUUCUGCACUCCAGAAAAAAAGCAUUCCAUUACAUCCUGUUGUCACUGCCUUGGAGGAGGACAUCCUGUUGUCACUGCCUUGGAGGAGGACAUCCUGUUGUCACUGCCUUGGAGGAGGACAUCCUGUUGUCACUGCCUUGGAGGAGGACAUCCUGUUGUCACUGCCUUGGAGGAGGACAUCCUGUUGUCACUGCCCUGGAGGAGGAGGCCUUGUGUUUUUACUCCCCCUCUCUUCAUUUGCUCUCCCUUCCCUUCAGAACAUGCCAAUUUUUUUCUUUUUCUUUUUUUUUCUCCACGUUCUCCACAGGAUAACCCUUGAGAUUAUGACCCUGCAGCCCAAGUGUGAGGAUGUAGAGACAGCGGAGGGUGUAGCUAUUACUGUCACUGGGGUGGCACAGGUAAAGCACCUACCUACUGUACCACAUCUACCUUUUGGGAAUGGAUUGGAAUGCCUCUUUAAGGUCAAGUUGGGAUGGGGUUCAGCCUCCAUCCCCUCCCUCCCAUCCUCUGCCUCCCCUCUCCCCUACCCCACUGCACCGUGCCAUAGCCGUGACUGAGGGUCAAUCAUUCACCUGCUAGAAGUUACGACAGAAGAAUUGCCUCCAUCAAUUAUUACAUUUAGUUAUUUUAAAGAUUAUAAUAUUAUUAACUAUAAUCCAGAGUCUUAUGUAUACAACUAGAAAUAUGCCAAGUCACCACAAUUUUCCAAAAUUGAGAUAUAUGGUUCUUCGUUGCAAGGGUUGUGACUAGAGGGAGUUCAGCUACGACCGGAAGUGACUUUUCGUAGCAGGUUAGGAGAGCAUUUUAGCUAACCUUAACCCUUUUCCUAACCUAAUCCUAAAUCUCCUAACCUGCCACGUUAAUUAUCCUAACCUGCUGUGUAAAUUCUCCUAACCUGCUACGAAAAAGUCAUUUCCGGUCGUAGCUGUACUCCCUUUAGUCAGAACUGGUUGCAAGGGUUUAGUUAUUUCAGACCCUGUUUACUUAACACUGAACAAGAAAACCUAUGUAAAGUGAAAUGUAAGAAAUGUUUGUGUCCAUGGUCAAGUUUAAAUAUCGAGUGAACACCAUAGAACGUGUAGUCUCACAUCCCUGAUCGGAUACAGAAUUUUACAAACAGGGUUUGUUACAGAUUCAACUAUUUUUCUAUCUCCUUGGUACAAAUGAUUUGGACCAUGUCUAUUACUAAAUAAACCCUAUAUUGCUCAAGCAGGAAUUAUAGUGCUGAAUCUAAUGUCCAUGAAUAUCAGGUUGAGCUAGCUGAUGGUGGAGAAUGACUGACCCUCGUAUCAAGGCAGAAACAGUCCAGACAGACAUUUCUGACUUGAAUGGGGUACAAGGAAGAUGAAUAAACCUGACAUGUUUAUUUUGCAUCCAAACAUUUACAUUACUUAUUUUUACAGUAAUUUACUUUUUGUAACCUUUUCUCUGUGUCAAAAUCCUGAUUUCAUUUUGCUAACCCCCCUAGUGCCAAUCUGCAGUGAAAGUUUUAUUAAAAUUGGUUUCAUUGAAAAUAUGAGCUAAUCAAAUUGAGUUAUGUAUGUAGCUAGCAACUGUUAAUUCAAUGUGAGUAUACAAGUUCAAGUGUUCCUGCAAUUUACUUUAGUACUUUAGAUUUUAUUUAUUAGUUCUCACUGGACAUUUCUGUCUUAUUUAUGACUAAUCUGGUCUAUAAUUUGUAAUUCAUUACAACCAAUUCCAUUACUUCUAACCCAGUGCAAGUUGUGUGAUGUUCCCUUUUCUUAGUUUCCUAGUCUGUCCAGUGGGCUUGACUACAAUGAGUCCACUGUCACUGACGCAGAGGGAGCUUUAACGAUGAACUUCUCUAACAAGGUCCAUCAUCAGGUCUCUAUCUGAUUGGACGAGCCUAUACAAGCCUCCUGUCCUGGUUUCUAUGGUAACAGGAGUUAUGUGGCAACUGAAGUUUACAGUCCUUGUCAUUGUAUUUGAAUGAGACUGUCCCAAUUCAAAGUAAUGGGACCGGCUCAAUGCAGAUUUGGAUAAUGGAAAGUGGAUAUACCCAUCUUCCUUUGACCUUAAACACACCCAUAUGGUGUCUCAUAUUUCUCAUAUUAUAUGACCUUUUACUACAAUAUUAAGAGAUCUAAAUGAGUGUCCACAUGUUUGUGAAACUGGAAGAGUCAGUUUGUCUCUUGGCAACCCCCUAAGAGGGCGGCCUUAAAGUAAACAAUGCUUCCAUUUCAACCAGAUGUCAGGGAGAGAAAUAAAACAUGUACUUUUUUUUUUACAAAAGUAGUUCACCACAAAAGUCAUUAUCACCUUAGUGUGAAAAAGUAGGAAAUGGUUGUUUAAAUAAGCAGGAAAUAGAUUUGUAUUAUUACUGAUCAUUGGUCUCAUACUUCCAGUUUCAUGGUUUUUCUUUGUGUUUUUCUUUUGUAAUGUACCCUGCCUACCACAGGAGGAAUGGUAUCAAAUACAUCAAAAACAUGGUUUCCAUGUGUUUGAUGCCAUUCCUUUUGCUCCGUUCCAGCCAUUAUUAUGAGCCAUCCUCCCCUCAGCAGCCUUCACUGCUGCCCACCCAUUCAGAGCAUGCUGAAGGAGCCUUGGUGUUUUCAGGGGGGGUGGAGCCAGGGCACAUUUGCAAGGGUCCUCGUCUGUGCUGGCCUUCCCUUGGCACAUCUCCCCCUGCUGUCUAUGUCAGGUGGCAUGCUGAUUGGUUGGAUGGAUGGAUGUCUGUCUGUCUGUUUGUGGUAAUUUGUAAUCAGUGUUUCCAUGGAAUGAUUGCAAUCUCCCCUCCCAUUACACUGUGAUUCUUCUCAGCCCAUUUCUGAAUGCAUGCCUCAUUGGAGUCAAUGUCCAGUCACAUUUCUCGCCUCAGGACCAGCUCACUGUCUUUCCUUUCAGCUGCAGCAGACAACAAAACCGCCAUUGACUUGUUUACCUGUACAAUUAUUGAUUCAAUGAUUUGAUUGAAUAGUGCCAAUCUGAGGAUAUCUUAUCUCCUCUGACUCGGUUUAUCCUCAACUUUAGUACUUCUGUUGUUUUAUUGGUAACCUGAAAAGCCUCUUGACUAUAUCGCUCACAUGGAUGAUAUUCACCAGGCCAGAGUUUACACAUUUUCUUAUGGCUCAGUUAUAUUGAGGAUUUCUACUGCUUGUUUAUAACACAGAAACCCAGGCCAUAAAAUAAGUGACUGAUGUCCCCACAGUCUCUUCAUUACAGGACUGUCUCACUCAGUCCUCACUAAGACCAGGGUGGAAUCUCAAGUAUUUUCCUUCAAUUCCUCUCUCCUUGCCUCCUUUUCAAAACAUCAGAGGGAAACAAAGAGUAUUAGAGGAUGUUCUCCUCCAAUGUUCUCGUGUCCUCUGAUGUUUUGAGAAGGAGGCAAGCAGAGAGGAAUCAAGGAAAAUUAUUUUGAGAUUCACCCUAGAUCAGUGUUUUGUGUAGCACAGCAUUCCCACAACAUGAGCAAUGACUGCAGUCCUCAGUAUGAACAUAUGUUUCUGAGUGGAGUUUGGCCUUGAGGAGAGUGAGCAGUGGUGGAAAAAAUACCCAAUUGUUAUACUUGAGUAAAAGUAAUAGAAAAUGACUCAAGCAAAAGUGAGUCACCCAGUAAAAUACUACAUGAGUAAAAGUCUAAAUGUAUUUGGUUUUAAAUAUACUUAAGUAUCAAAAGUAAAUGUAAUUGCUAAAAUAUACUUCAGUAUCAAAAGUAAAAGUAUAAAUAAUUUCACAUUACUUAUAUUAAGCAAACCAGACGGCACGAUUUUCUUGUUUGUUUUUAAAUUUAGGGAUAGCCAGGGGCACACUCCAACACUCAGACAUGAUUUACAAACAAAUCGUUUGUGUUUCGUGAGUCCGCCAGAUCAGAGGCAAUCGGGAUGACCAGAGAUGUUCUCUUGAUAAGUGUGUGAAUUGGACCAUUUUCCUGUCCUGCUAAGCAUUCGAAAUGUAACGAGUACUUUUGGGUGUCAGGGAAAAUAUAUGGAGUAAAAAGUACAUUAUUUUAUUUAGGAAUGUAUUGGAGUUAAAGUAAAAGUUGUUAAAAAUAUAAAUAGUAAAGUACAGAUACCCCCAAACUUACUUUACACCACUGAGACAACAUAAGAGUUACUCUUAAUCCACCCUUAGAGUAAACAAUCUAGGUCAGUCUCUCUGGUAAUCAUAAUCGCCCUACUUCUAAUCAGCGACGUGUAUCAUGGCUGUCUGGUCUUACUUAGCCCAGUCAGUUGGCUGUGGUUCUGUAUGGUAAUACUAUCUAAAACAUGUUAUAUGACCCUGGACAACAUUAUGCAUUGGUAGGUGCUAGGUAGGGAGGUAGGUAGGUAGCCAAGUGUAUCUCAACUCCACGAUACCACAUGGAGUUUUUGGAGUAAAUCUCUGAAUCCUUCGAGUCGCUGUGAAGUCGAUACUUCAAAAUGUUUAAUUCUUAAACCUUACCUUGUACCUAUGUUUGUCCUCUGUUGUUACGUGCUUUUCUUUGUUUGCUGAAAUCCAUAUUUUUUUAUAAAACAUUAACCAAAUAUAACCACGACUGUUUCCUCAUUGAGAUUCAAUCGCGCUGAGUUGCCAUCUUAGAGCAACAGCAAUGAGGACACAGUCGGUGGUUGUAUUUGAUUAACAUUUUAUUAAAAAGUAUGGAUUUCAACAAACAAAAAAAGGCACGCAACAACAGAGGACAAACAUAGGUACAUGGUAAGGAUUUAAGAAUUACAAUUUUUGAAGCAUCGACUUCACAGCGACUCGAAGGAGUCGGAGGUUCACUACAAAAACUCUAGUCUGCACUCAUCUCCGCGGAUGCGGUAUCGUGGAGUUGAAAUAUACUUGGCUAGGAGGUAGAUAAGGGGAUCACAUGGAAGGGUUGUGCAGGCCACUGUAGGGAGAGUUUAUAAAUGAGUGGUGAUAAUAUUAUGCUGUUUAGAAAUAUAACUACAGAGUAUGUACACAUUUUAGGGAAUAAAAUAACUAAGUUAAUUUGCAUACAUGGCAUUUUAAGAAAUAACCUAUAAUCACCUAGAUUAACCACUGUAGUUAUGUGUCUGAAGUGCUAAUCAGAUUAUGUUUAUGUUACUCAGAUGAUGUCAGUGUAUUAAUUAUCUAGCUAACAGCUGACAAUGUUGUCUAUUACCCUGGCUCCAGGUGAAGGUGAUGGUAGACAAUGAGCUGCUGGGCUAUGCCUGUGAACAGUUCCUGGGGAAAUCUGUGAUGGAGAUAAAGAGUGUCAUUCUGCAGACCCUGGAGGGUCAUUUACGCUCUAUUCUCGGUAGGGACCUUCUGACAGAGACACGGGCUGCUGCUCAGUACUAUUGGGUCUCAGAUGAGAUGUAUUACUAUUAGGUCAUGCCAUAGAACUUAAAACCAUAUAAUGUAUGCAUGUACUACUCAGACCCUUAGGCUCUGGUUUAACUCUGAUAUAGGAUACUAACAAUUUUACAAUGUACAACUAAUUUAAAUAAAUCACCACUUCAGAUAGAUGAAUCCAUAUCUGUCUGUGGUUAGUGACCCACCCAGACACUGACCCUAGACCUGUGUUCCAGGCACUCUGACGGUGGAGCAGAUCUACCAGGACAGAGACAGAUUUGCUGCUCUGGUGAGGGAGGUGGCAGCGCCUGACGUGGGCCGCAUGGGCAUCGAGAUCCUCAGCUUCACCAUCAAGGUGAGAGACGGGCACAGUCAUCCUAUUACAGCUUUAUACACUUAUAGUGACACCACUUGCCACACAAUGACUGAGUGCCUCUGUGUUUUGUCCCUGUCAGGAUGUUUAUGAUAAAGUGGAGUACCUUAGUUCCCUGGGGAAGAGUCAGACAGCUGCAGUACAGAGAGACGCAGACAUCGGAGUGGCCGAGGCAGAGAGAGACGCGGGAAUCAGGGUAAGAAAUAUACUGCGAACAAGUAGAUUCCCUGAAUGGGUUGCAGUACAUCGCACUCAGUAUUCAUGUUAGUCUUUACUACACUGAAUCUUCCCUUCUCUUCUCACCUUGUGGUCUCUGCCCCCUACAGGAAGCAGAAUGUAAGAAAGAGAUGAUGGACAUCAAGUUCCAAGCAGACACCAAGAUGGCCGACUCUAAGCGAGGGUUGGAGAUGCAGAAGGCUGCUUUCAAUCAAGAAGUCAACACGAAGGUAUCAGACAUGGGUAUCAUUGCUCUAGAUUAGAUUCACCUAGCAGUCAAUCGAUGACAUCAAAUCUAGGCCUAAUGUGAAAGCCUUUUAAUCCUUUAUAAGAGAUUCACCCUGGUCAUAUUCAUUAGUGCACACCAAAGCAAAACGUUUUGCAACAGGAAAGAAACUACCUGGACAAGUUCAGGUAGUCCCUUUUCGUUUCAGCACGUUGGAUUCCAUUUAAUUCCUGGUGAAUAUCACCGCUGCCUUUUCUCCCCCCCAGAAAGCAGAGGCCCAGCUGGCCUACGAGCUGCAGGCUGCCAAGGAGCAGCAGAAGAUCCGUCUGGAGGAGAUAGAGAUCGAGGUGGUUCAGAGGAAGAAGCAAAUCACCAUCGAGGAGAAGGAGAUUGAUCGCACUGAGAAGGAGCUGAUCGCCACGGUCAAGAGGCCUGCCGAGUCUGAGGCCUACAAGAUGCAGCAGCUGGCCGAGGGACAGAAGUGAGUGACCAAUCACUGAUCCGCUCCCAGAAUGCAUGUAAAAUAAGCACAAUGUGUAUGCUCGUUCAGAUUCUGGAUGCAAAGCAGGGUGUCAUACAAAUAGGAAGUGAGUAAACCACCACGGGAGCCUAGAGUGUCUACCUUUCAACCAUCUAUGCAACAAGUAAGUUCCACUCAGACAUAGGUCUAGGAUAAGCUUAGCCUUUUCAAAAUCUUUACCAAAAUACAAAACUGAUCAGUGUGUAGGGGCAACUUCGUCUCACACUUGCAGUAGUAGCUAAUCAAAUCAAAUUGUAUUCGUCACAUGCUUCGUAAACAACAGGUACCGAGUCGAUGUGCAGGGGUACGAGGUAAUUGAGGUAGAUAUGUACACAUUUUUGGGAAUAAAAUAACUACGUAUAAUUUGCAUAAAUGGCAUUUUAAGAAAUAACCAAUAAUCACUUAGAGUAAACACUGUAGUUAUGUGUCUGAAGUGCUAACCAGAUGAUGUUGAUGUUGCUCAGAUUAUGUGUUAGUGUAUUAAUUAUCUAGCUGACAAUGUUGUCAUUCUGCAGACCCUGGAGGGUUCCUGGGGAAAUCUAUAACUAGAAAUAAAGUGACAGAUAAUAAACAGUAGCAGCAGCAUAUGUGAUGAGUCAAAAAAGUUAGUGCAAAAAGGGUCAAUGCAGAUAGUCCGGUUAAGUAUUUAACUAUUUGGCAGUCUUAUGGCUUGGGGGUAGAAGCUGUUCAGGGUCCUGUUGGUUCCAGACUUGGUGCAUCGGUAACGCUUGCUGUGCGGUAGCAGAGAAAAAAGUACAUGACUUGGGUGGCUGGAGUCUUUGACCAUUUUUAGGGCCUUCCUCUGACACCGCCUGGUAUAGAGGUCCUGGAUGGCAGGAAGCUUGGCCCUAGUGAUGUACUGGGCCGUACGCUCUACCCUCUGUAGCGCCUUGCGGUCAGAUGCCAAGCAGUUGCUAUACCAUACGGCGAUGCAGCCAGUCAAGAUGCUCUCAAUGGUGCAGCUGUAUAACUUUUUGAGGAUCUGAGGGCCCAUGCCAAAUCUUUUCAACCUCCUGAGGGGGACGAGGCAUUGUCGUGCCCUCUUUACGACUGUGUUGGUGUAUGUGGACCAUGAUAGAUCCUUAGUGAUGUGGUUUAAACCAAAUUAUAGCUAUGAUCUAGGUGUGUAGCAUAUGUUCAUACUGUAGUUCAAUGCAAUCUAGUCUGCAAUCCAAUUAUAUUGUUGGAGUUGAACCCUUUACAUGCCCUCCUGCCAACCCCUGAACAGGAUGAAGAAGGUGCUGACGGCCCAAGCGGAGGCAGAGAAGAUCCGUCGUAUCGGAGAGGCAGAGGCCGGCUCCAUAGAGGCUAUAGGGAAGGCUGAGGCUGAGAAGAUGAGGCUGAAGGCUGAGGCCUACCAGCAUUAUGGAGAGGCUGCCAAGACUGCUCUGGUCCUAGAGGCCCUGCCUAAGGUCAGUGUGUCAGGACUGAGGGGCAUUUAACACUUUAUACGUAGUGUUGUGGUUAGAAGGAGUUGUCAUAGAGCUGCACAUUGGUAUAAUGUGUGUGUCGGUUUUUGGACAUGAAAAAAUUGAAGAUUUGAUAAAUAUAUUAAUGUUUUCAGUGUUACCAUUUGAUUUGGUUUAAACUUGACAACUAGAGGCUGAGUUGUCUCAGAUGAACACCCAGGUGAAGAAGGUUUGUGUCAUUGUGUUGGUACAGAUCGCUGGCAAGGUGGCGGCACCCCUGGCCCAGACCAAUGAGAUCGUCAUCCUGAGCGGGGACGGUGGUCGUGUGACCGGCGAGGUUAACCGCCUAUUGGCUGAGCUCCCCGUGUCCGUCAAUGCCCUCACAGGGGUGGACCUGAUGAAGGUGAGGGAUGAGGGGGGAGGGGAGGGGAGGAGGGAAGGGAAGGGGUCGGUCACAUUCCAAGGGGGUCAGUAG